AAGCCAUCCAUCUCGUCCACGUCUGCGAGUGGAGACGGAUCACGGGCGGAGCUUUGCUUUGAUUGCCUUUCCUCCCCACUACAAAGCAAUCCUUUCGCUCUCGAGGGACCGACGAGGUCCAGAGAUGCAGCAGACUUUACCAACUGCAACUCUGCUCCUCUCACACACAGCACAUCCCCGUUCCUCUUCCAGCAUUCAUGAUGUUGCCCCAUCCUCCUCCUCCUCCUCCUCUUCCUCCUGGUCGUCGUCAUCAUCCGUCUCCCACUGUCUUUCCCCGGACGGCCGCCGGCUGGUUCUCGCUCGCAGUAGCGCCUGCAGCAUUGUCCUUCUCAAUGGAAGAUACGAGCCCUACCAUCACCUCGACUUCUGGUCCGGCUUCCCUAGUGUGACUCCUGAGGAGCGAAAGGCUCACAGGAAUGUGACUGCUUUGCGUGUUCGAGGGACGACGGCAGGGGAAGCAGCUGGUAGUGACGGUACAGAACAGGCUCUGAUACUGGCUGCUCUGGGAACACGACUGGUCAUCUGGUCCUCAGCGUCCAUUGCGUCCAAUUCGCCAAAGAGCUGGCGCAUCCACUCAACGCUCAGCCUCUCAGACAGCAUACAUUCACUCGACUUGCAUGCUGACCGGCUCCUCCUCGGGGUCGGGAAUGAAGUGCAGAUCUGGAGCAUGGGUGACUCUGGAGGUCACUUCUGGCGAAAAGUCUGGAGCAAGAGAGGACCCGGCUCGAUGGGACACGUCGAGUUCAAUGCGACCGGCAGCAGCUUUGCAGCUGCGGCCUGUGGUGAUCGACGGAUUGCUGUUUGGCACCUGGGUAGAAGAAAAGGGUCUGAGCCGGUCAAGGGGUGUAUGCUAGCGCAUGCGAUGGAGGUCAAGGGAUUCAGGUGGAGAGGGAUGCCUGCGGCGACGAGCCAAUCCGACGCACUCGUGUCCCUCGCCGAGGAUCGUGUUGCGCGGAUCUGGGCGCCCGUCAUCGAUCAGCCAUCCAAGUUGAGGCUGUCUGCUUCGAUUGAUCCAUUCUCCCUUGGCGGGUUCAAUGCUGCAAAUUCCUCGUCGGUGUCAUCACGGCCCCUGGAACAGCCCGUCUUCUACCUCGAUGCGGCGGUGACCACCUCAGUCCUCACUUCAAAUAUCGCCCUGCUACAGCGAGACCUUCAGCUAGCAGAAACCGACACGACCACCUCACAAUCCCACAGCCCCGACCUCGACAAGAAGUGCACCCGUCUGAAACGCCUUCAGCACCUCCUUGAAGACACACCAGACAUGUUCCUACGGCUCAAUUCGGACGGCUCUCUCGUCAUACGCGCGGUGGCCCAUGUGGACCGUCGACCACCCACACUCUUGCAGGCAUUCACCGUGCUCAAAAUCUUCCCCUCUCCUGCAGCUCUGCCCUCCCUGAAGUGCGAGCUGGUACAAUGUGAGCUUCUCCCGAUGGCAACGCAGCUUGGCCAGUCCCACGAGGCGCCGCUGGCUGUUCUUCACCUGCAGAGCGAGAAGGCUGGGGCGCUGAGCAUCGAUGUCAACCCGGCACUGUUGUUUGACGGGAUGGAGCGCGGCUUGGCGACGAAGGAGGGUAGUCAGGUGCAGGGGCAUGGUAGCGAGAUUGUUGCGCUGCUGGGCACAGAAGAGAAGGAGACGGUAGUGACAGUGGAUGAAGAGGGGCUCGCGGUUGAGUGGAGAGUCGGGCGACGGCCGUACGUUACUCUGGAUGGGAAAAGGGAGGCGAGAUGGACGCUGCAAGGAAGAAAACAUCGCCUCGCCCCCGCGUCGACCAUGGCGAAAGGCAAAGUGAUCGCUGCCAUGAGCGACAAUGUGCUCUCAUGGCAGUCGUCACGCCUUGUACUCUGCUCCGCGGCCGGUCCCAAGGAGCUGCAAGGCCUUCAGGCGGAGGAAGGCGUCAUUCACGGUGGCCUCGACUCCUCCUUCGCAUGGGUGAUAACAGACAAGGGCCGCUCGCUCAGCUGGCGCCUCAAUCCGGCAGACGCGUCCGAAAUCGACACGCCCGUCAUUUGCCAACUCGUCGACGAGAGCCUCAGCUGUGUCUUUGCGCCGUCGUCGACUUCUUCUUCAGCCACGCAAGUUAGCACCAUCUCGUCGAAGGGCAGCCUGAGAUUGUGGCAGCAGUCUGACCCGCCAUCCUGGACGUGUAAGCGCGUCGUCGAGACUGGACUACAAGAUGUGAAUAUUGGCGCCGUUUCGCAAAGAGGAAUGGUCGCCCUGGCUGCAAGUACUCUGGAGUCGACCACAGGUCUAAGCUCAAGUCAAGCGCCAGCACAUCAGCACCACCUUGAGAUCUGGGACGCAGUUGCCUCAGAAUUCUCCUCUUCACGCCAGCUCUCCCUGAAUCGCGGUCCAGAGGCAAUAGUGAUGAUGGAGUGGCUAGACAGCUCGGAAGCAGCCGGCGGCGCAGAAGUCCUCGCUGUCGCGACUUCAACAGGCCGGAUCGACAUCUUUGCCAAGUGUCGUCCCUCAAUGCUCGGCGCAUACGGUGACAGCGGCUCACAGUGGCGAAUCUUUGCGACUUUCGAUAUCGCCUACCUCUCCAGCGAGCAAAUUACCGGCAUCAAGUGGGCCUCGCACGCUGGAGCACUCCUCAUUGCGUGCGGUCAGUCGCUUCACCUCGUGGGGCCCCUCAUCACCAGCGACACCGGCAAUGGUGCGGUUUCCCACCUCCUGGAGAGCGUAGCACAAGAACAAAAUGCCCUCCCCUCCUACCAUCCCACCGUGCUGCUGCAAUGCAUGCUCUGGGGCAAGUUCGAUGCGGCCAAGCGCGUUGUAAGUGAUCUAGCGCGGGCGGUCCGACAUAUUGAGGCUGUUGAGGAUCUUUCCUUGAGGGAGGAUGUGCAUGAUCUGACCGUCGAGGAGAUCCUCGAGUCGCACCUCGAGGAUGCCGAAGGGAAGUAUCAGAGGCACAACGGGUCCGCUCAUCGAUCUUUGUUUGAUGAUGAACAAGCUGGCUCGACUUCGCCCGCGAACGGCGCAUUCCAUCGCGAAGUCGUCUCUGAUCUCAAUGAGAAGCUGGCCAAGUUGGGACGCCUGCCGGACAUGACCAUCGCAGAGGUCGAUCAGCUCAUCUUGGCCAACAAAUGCCUGCUAGAGGUGACGGAGCAGGGGAGGGCGCUGGACGAUAAUGGGCUGCGCUUCCUCGUGUCUUUGCGCAUCUUCCUCAACAACACGGCAGGUGCCGCAGGGCUCUCAACGGUGAACAGCGCGACUUCAUUCCUGUCACCGAAAACGGCCAAUGGCUCCACAGCUUCCGCCGCAACGACUGAUCCCUUCGAUCUGCCCCGUCUCCGCCACCGGGAUUUCGUCUACGCGCUCCACUCGACCUGUCAAGAGCCCCUCCUUGCUCACGUCUCCUCCGCCUACUCCUCGAAACUCCCCUGGCACGUAGCGCGCAGCACCGGUCUGUUCCUCUGGCUCACCUCCGCGCACGCCAUAUCCCCUCUCGCCGAACAAGUAGCAAGGGACACAUUCAUGUCCAGUCCCGAUCGGGAUCCCAUUCCGUGCUCUCUCUUCUACUACGCACUCGGCAAGCAUAAGCUCGUUUUGAACCUGUGGAGGCAGGCAGCCUGGCAUCCGGAGCAGAAGAAGAUGCUACGAUUCCUCGCCAACGAUUUCAGCGAGGAGAGGUGGAAGAGUGCUGCGCUCAAAAACGCCUAUGCGCUUCUCAGCCAGAGGCGCUUCGUCUUUGCGGCUUCCUUCUUCUUGCUCGCAGACAGUCUGGGGGACGCGGUGAACGUCUGUGUACGUAAUCUCGGCGACGUACAUUUAGCUCUUGCGCUCUGUCGGGUGAAGGAGCAGGGUAGCUUCGAUGGGCCGGUGAUGAGCAGGCUGCUGAGGACAAGAUUGCUGCCCUUGGUCUUUGAGAGAGGCUACAGGUGGCUGGGCCAUUGGGUUUUCUGGACAUUGAAGGCUAGAGAUCUGGCGACUCGCGUGCUCGUCAGCCCGCUGAGCGAGCUGAGGGAGGAUCCGCGAGUCGUCGCACUACUCAAUACCGUCGAUACGGGCAGCAGCCUCUCCAAAUUCUCCUUCUCCGCAUCGUCAACGCCGCCACGACAGGAGGACGUCUCCCUUGCCAUCUUCUUUGCCGACAUGAAACGCAAGACGGUCCUCACCGCCAAGGGAUCGCGAGAGGUGUCGCCGGCAAAGGAAUGGGGAUUUGUGCUUCACAUGAAUCGGACACUCAGAGCCAUGGGCUGCCACAUUAUUGGCCUCGCGUUGCUUGCUGGUUGGGAUUUCGAUGCGCCCAUGCUCCCGCAGCCGCCAGUAGAGGCGACGAGCGGCGUUGGUGCAGAUGAGCCAAUCUCGCCCGCGAGGCCAACAUCAGCCGCAGCCAGCGCUUCUGCCGUCCGCACCGACGCAAAUGAUCUCUUCGCCGCACUCUCCGAGCGGCCAGUGUCACCACCGCCUCCCCCAGCGGGCAGUCGUGGGCACAAUCUGCUCGAAUCGGCUGUGAACCUCACGGAAGAGCCAGAGGCAGCCGAGUCGCUUGCUUCCACGUCGCAGCCGGUCAAGGGCACCUCAGACUACUCGAGGAGACGGAGCUCCCGUGCGGACCAGGUCACUUCGCCUACCUCGCCCACAUCCCCAACCAGGGAGAGAACUCGUCCCCCGCUCUCGCCGCAGCAUCGUCGUCGUUCUAGCCUGCUGAUGGUGCAGCGUAGGCGAAGAAGUAUGGUCAACGAUGCGGAUAUUGAAGGCAGCAGCGAGGCUGACAAGAGCACAAUUGCGGUUCCCGAGGAGAGCAGUGACGGGCAGGUCCAGACUCAGAGCGUCAAUGAAGCGGAGAACGGUCAGGAGGAGAAGAAGAAGAAGGGCCAAGGCCUCCUCAUGAAAGCCUCCUCAAAUGCCGCUUCGCAGGGCGCUCAGGACUUUGACUUCUCCAAUUUUGGCUUCUGAGCGGCGAACGAAGACAAUAUGGAUGCAUGAUAAUGUCACCGGACCUAGAAGCGGAUUGCAUGGAUGUGAGAGUGAUGUUACAUUAAAAGAUGACUGAGUAUGGAGAGAUUGAUGAG